CGCGGGCGCUCGCGGGCCGGGGGCGCGAUGGGCGCGACGGCAGCCCUGUGCGGGGUCGCGCUGCUCUGCGCUCUGGGCCUGGGUCAGCGUCCCGGCGCGAUGCCGAGCUGCGGCCCCGGGCGCUUCCUGGCCGGGGAGGGCACCGCCGCGCGCUGCUGCGGCCCCUGCGCCCCGGGGGAGGCGCCGUGUCCCGGGCGGAACUGCACGUGUGUUCAAGCCGAGUUCCACUGCGGAGACCCCCAGUGCAGCACCUGCAAACACCAUGCGUGCCCACCGGGACAGGAGGCUCAGCCUCGAGGGAGCUUCAGCUUCGGCUUCCAGUGUGUGGAGUGUGCUGAGGGCACGUUCUCCAUGGGCAGCGGGGCCCACUGCAGGCCCUGGGCAGACUGCUCCCUGCUGGGUUUUCUGACUGCCUUCCCAGGGAACAAGACCCACAAUGCAGCCUGCAUCCCGGGCCCAGUGCCCAGAGCGCCUUCCCGCUGGCUGCUGCCGGUCCUGCUGGCCGUGACAGCCUGCAUCCUGCUCCUGACUGCUGCUCAGCUUGGCCUGCACAUCUGGCAGCUGAACAGGUGGCGCAGGUGGCCCCCAGAGCCCCUGCUGUCCCUGGAGCCACCACCACUGGCAGCCGAGGAGUCCUGCAGCUGGCAGUUCCCGGAGGAGGAGCGUGGAGACCGGCUGGCAGAGGAGAAGGCCCGGGGGGUCCUGCAGGCAUGAGCUGGCCUGAACACAGGGGCAGAACCCCAGUGGCCCUGGGAGCAGGGGUCCUGCUGCCCGCCUCAGGUCUGGCCCUGCUCCCUGCGCCUGUGAAACUGGGUGUUGGACAGUGAAGUGGCUGUGGAGGGGCUCUGCUGGGCAGAGGGCUGGGGUGUGGUGGCGAGCCCCUCCCCUAGAGCAGAGCCUGUGCCCGAGGAGUUGUAGUGUCCAGCUCAGGGCCUGGCUGCAGGUUCUCAAUAAACACUCCUCAGUGCUGAGUGACCC